AGGGCGCAGGCGCGGGUGUCGGUCCCACAGCGCGUCGCCCUCGCCCCAGCCCCGACCAAUCCCUUCGAAUCCGGCUGAGGCCGGGAAAUACGAGCCAAUCACGGUGCGCGCUGUUGAUGCCGGCCAAUGGGAGCUCCGGAAGGAGGCGUGGAGACGCAGGCGGCGGGCGGUGGACAGUCAUGGCGGCCCGGCGCGGGGCUCUCAUAGUGCUGGAGGGCAUGGACCGCGCGGGGAAGAGCACGCAGAGCUGCAAGCUGGUGGAAACGCUGUGCGCCGCGGGCCACCGCGCCGAACUGCUCCGGUUCCCAGAAAGAUCAACGGAAAUCGGCAAACUUCUGAGUUCCUACUUGGAAAAGAAAAGUGACGUGGAGGAUCACGCGGUGCACCUGCUUUUUUCUGCAAAUCGCUGGGAACACGUGCCCUUAAUUAAGGAAAAGUUGAGCCAGGGUGUGACUCUCAUCGUGGACAGAUAUGCAUUUUCUGGUGUGGCCUUCACCGGUGCCAAGGAGAACUUUUCCCUAGAUUGGUGUAAACAGCCAGACGUGGGCCUUCCCAAACCCGACCUGGUCCUGUUCCUCCAGUUACAGUUGGCAGAUGCUGCCAAGCGGGGAGCGUUUGGCCAUGAGCGCUACGAGAACAGGGCUUUCCAGGAGCGGGCCCUCCGGUGUUUCUACCAGCUCAUGAGAGACACGACUUUGAACUGGAAGAUGGUGGAUGCUUCCAAAAGCAUUGAAGCUGUCCACGAGGACAUCCGUGUGCUCUCUGAGGACGCCAUCCGCACUGCCACAGAGAAGCCGCUGGGGGAGCUGUGGAAGUGACCCGAGGCUGCCCACUGGAGACGCCUCUCCCUGUAGUCCCUCGAGAGGUGGGAGACCUGCGGAAGGCCCCAUCUCCAGCGGUAUCCAGAUCCCACGACUUCAGGAGCUCUUUCACGGCAGCAGAGAACUGCAGGCUGCCUCUUCUGCCCCGGGCGGGGGUGUGGUGGGGACCUUGGCAGUGUAGACAUGAGCGGAGCGAUGGAGCAGUCUCCUGCCCUCUCCCUGCCAUCAGUGUCCUGAUGGUACUCUGUUGUAUUUUCUUACUGAAGUUCAGUGUUAACUCUUGAGUAGUUUCAUUGUGAUCACUGUAAAUGGUAAUCAGUUGGAAUUCUCCUAAAUGUCUUCUAGAUACUACUAAAAAUUAACCUGAAAAUU